AUGGGCUCGGGGCGCGUGCCCGGGCUCUGCCUGCUCGUCCUGCUGGUCCACGCCCGCGCCGCCCAGCACAGCAAAGCCGCGCAAGAUGUGGAUGAAUGUGUGGAGGGGACUGACAACUGCCACAUCGAUGCGAUCUGCCAGAACACCCCACGGUCAUACAAGUGCAUCUGCAAGUCUGGCUACACAGGGGACGGUAAACACUGCAAAGAUGUGGAUGAGUGCGAACGAGAAGAUAAUGCAGGUUGUGUGCACGACUGUGUCAACAUCCCUGGCAAUUACCGAUGCACCUGCUAUGAUGGAUUCCACCUGGCACAUGACGGACACAACUGUCUGGAUGUGGACGAGUGUGCCGAGGGCAAUGGUGGCUGUCAGCAGAGCUGCGUCAACAUGAUGGGCAGCUAUGAGUGCCACUGCCGGGAGGGCUUCUUCCUCAGCGACAACCAGCACACCUGCAUCCAGCGGCCAGAAGAAGGAAUGAAUUGUAUGAACAAGAACCACGGCUGUGCUCACAUCUGCCGGGAGACACCCAAAGGGGGUAUUGCCUGUGAAUGCCGCCCUGGCUUCGAGCUCACCAAGAACCAACGGGACUGUAAACUGACGUGCAACUACGGUAAUGGUGGCUGCCAGCACACGUGCGAUGACACAGAGCAGGGUCCCCGGUGCGGCUGCCAUGUCAAGUUCGUGCUCCAUACCGACGGGAAGACGUGCAUCGAGACCUGUGCUGUCAACAACGGGGGCUGUGACAGUAAGUGCCACGAUGCAGCCACGGGCGUCCACUGCAGCUGCCCCGUGGGCUUCAUGCUGCAGCCAGACAGGAAGACCUGCAAAGACAUAGACGAGUGCCGCUUGAACAAUGGGGGCUGUGACCACAUUUGCCGCAACACAGUGGGCAGCUUUGAAUGCAGCUGCAAGAAGGGCUAUAAGCUUCUCAUCAAUGAAAGGAACUGCCAGGAUAUAGACGAGUGUUCUUUUGAUCGAACCUGUGACCACAUAUGUGUCAACACACCGGGAAGUUUCCAGUGCCUCUGCCAUCAUGGCUACCUGCUGUAUGGUGUCACCCACUGUGGGGAUGUGGAUGAGUGCAGCAUCAACCGCGGAGGUUGCCGCUUCGGCUGCAUCAACACUCCGGGCAGCUACCAGUGUACCUGCCCCGCGGGCCAGGGCCGGCUGCACUGGAACGGCAAAGAUUGCACAGAGCCGGUAAAAUGUCAAAGCAGUCCUGGUGCCUCGAAAGCCAUGCUCAGCUGCAACCGGUCUGGCAAGAAGGACACCUGUGCCCUGACCUGCCCCUCCCGGGCCCGGUUUUCGCCAGAGUCUGAGAAUGGCUUCACGGUGAGCUGUGGCACCCCCAGCCCCAGGGCCACUCCAGCCCGAGCUGGCCACACCGGGAACAGCACAAACUCCAACCACUGCCAUGAGGCUGCAGUGCUAUCGGUUAAACAGCGGGCCUCCUUCAAGAUCAAGGAUGCCAAGUGCCGCCUGCACCUGCGAAACAAAGGCAAAAUGGAGGAGGCCAGCAGGAUCCUGGGGCAAGGUGGUGCCCCCUGCUCUGACUGCCAGGUCACCUUCAUCCACCUCAAGUGUGACUCCUCUCGGAAGGGCAAGGGCCGGCGGGCCCGGACCCCUCCAGGCAAGGAAGUCACUCGGCUCACCCUGGAACUGGAGGCAGAGGUCAGAGCCGAAGAAACCACAGCUGCCUGUGGACUCCCCUGCCUCCGACAGCGAAUGGAACGGCGGCUGAAAGGGUCCCUGAAGAUGCUUAGAAAGUCCAUCAACCAGGACCGCUUCCUGCUGCGCCUGGCAGGCCUUGAUUAUGAACUGGCCCACAAGCCGGGCCCAGGAGCUGGGGAGCGAGCAGAGCUGGUGGAGACCUGUAGGCCUGGGCAGCACCGUGCUGGGGCUAAGUGUGUCAGCUGCCCGCAGGGAACGUAUUACCACGGCCAGACGGAGCAGUGUGUGCCAUGCCCAGCAGGCACCUUCCAGGAGAGAGAAGGGCAGCUCUCCUGCGACCUUUGCCCUGGGAGUGAUGCCCACGGGCCUCUCGGAGCCACCAACGUCACCACAUGUGCAGGUCAGUGCUCACCUGGCCAAUACUCUGUAGACGGGUUCAAGCCCUGCCAGCCAUGUCCACGGGGCACCUACCAACCUGAAGCAGGACGGACCUUGUGCUUCCCAUGUGGUGGGGGCCUCACCACCAAGCAUGAGGGGGCCAUCUCCUUCCAAGACUGUGACACCAAAGUCCAGUGCUCCCCUGGUCACUACUACAACACCAGCAUCCAUCGCUGUAUCCGCUGUGCCAUGGGCUCCUAUCAGCCUGACUUCCGUCAGAACUUCUGCACCCGCUGUCCAGGAAACACAAGCACUGACUUUGAUGGCUCCACCAGCGUGGCCCAGUGCAAGAAUCGCCAGUGUGGUGGGGAGCUGGGUGAGUUCACUGGCUAUAUCGAGUCCCCCAACUACCCAGGCAACUACCCAGCUGGCGUGGAGUGCAUCUGGAACAUCAACCCCCCACCCAAGCGCAAGAUCCUUAUCGUGGUACCCGAGAUCUUCCUGCCAUCUGAGGAUGAGUGUGGGGACGUCCUCGUCAUGAGAAAGAACUCCUCCCCAUCCUCCAUUACUACCUAUGAGACCUGCCAGACCUACGAGCGGCCCAUUGCUUUCACGGCCCGCUCCAGGAAGCUUUGGAUCAACUUUAAGACAAGCGAGGCCAACAGCGCUCGUGGCUUCCAGAUCCCCUAUGUUACCUAUGAUGAGGACUAUGAGCAGCUAGUAGAAGACAUUGUUCGAGAUGGCCGGCUCUAUGCAUCUGAAAACCACCAGGAGAUUUUAAAGGACAAGAAGCUCAUCAAGGCCUUCUUUGAGGUGCUGGCCCACCCCCAGAACUACUUCAAGUACACAGAGAAGCACAAGGAGAUGCUGCCAAAAUCCUUCAUCAAGCUACUCCGCUCCAAAGUUUCCAGCUUCCUGAGGCCCUACAAAUAG